AAAUGUACAAACUUUUGCAUAUGAAAAAAAAAUCUGGUAUUUUUCACAUUAAUUUGUACUUUAACUUGUUAGUUACAUUUCCUUUCUAAAGUUUUCUUAAUAUCUGUCUUAAUCUGAAUCACUUCACCCUCCUCCCCCCUCUCCAGCUCGGCAGCCCUGUGGGGCAGGUGUUGCUGUCAGUCAGCAGUUCAGCCUGAGCAAGGGGGAUUCAGCAUGUCCAGAGAGCGCUAGGAAUGAGCGGUGGUAGGACUAGAAGUUGGGAAACACUUUAUUUGUGUGUAACUCAAAACCAAAGAAGGUGACGGCCAGGUUGACUUGGAUCCAAAGGACUUAAUCUUGGACUACAAACAAAAGAACAGCAGUCGGUUUGGGUUUUGUUUUUGUGACCCUCCCUCCCUGCUCUCUUGCUUGGACUUCUUCAGACAUGGAGACUCAACAGUCCAAGGCCAUGGACGACUCCGAGACUGAACAGGAAGCAGGAUUGGCCGAAACCAUAAUGGCUCGACGUUUCUACCCCUCUGUCCUCGGCUCCGAGGCCUGGGAGGGAUACACCUUUUCUGAUCUGGAGAUCCGCAUCAAAGAGUCCACAGACCUCUACGGAGCCGUCCUCUGGCCCUCGGCAAUGGUGUUGUGUCAUUUCUUAGAGACCAACCGAGACGAAUACAACCUGACGGACAAAAAUGUGAUUGAACUGGGCGCUGGGACUGGGCUCGUCACCAUCGUAUCCAGCCUGUUAGGUGCUAAGGUGACCUCCACUGACCUACCAGAUGUGUUGGGGAACCUCCGUUACAAUGUUAUGCGCAAUACCAAGAACCGAUGCAAGUACAUCCCUCUGGUCACAGAACUCUUCUGGGGUCCGGAGGCGGAGCAGCGUUUCCCACGCGCAACACACUGCUUUGACUACAUCCUGGCCGCUGACGUGGUCUACGCUCACCCUUACCUGGAAGAGCUGAUGGACACCUUUGACCACCUGUGCCAGGCAAACACACAGAUCCUCUGGGCCAUGCGUUUCCGCCUGGACCCAGAGAACAGCUUUGUGGAGCGCUUCCGGCAGCGUUUCCACCUGGAGGAGCUGUAUGACCUCCCGAGUCUGAGGAUCAAACUGUACAGAGCCUGGACGAAGGCCGAGGGGACCAAAGGCCGAGGAGAGGCUGCUGCCUGAACCGUGCUGACGGACAGAGAACUCUUAAUCGUGUCAGCAUGUCUGUGAAUGUUAAAGUCUCGCUACUUUUGAUUAUUCAAUUUAUUAGGUCACUAGUGUUUUCAUGGAUUUUUUGUAAAUGUCUUAAUUCUUUUUCUACACUGAGACUUUAUGCUGUUCAUAGUUUGACACACCAACGUUUUUAAGCUGUCAUAUUUGGAAUCAUGUUUUUUCACAUUGUAUUACAUUAUGUAAAGUAUUUAGUGACGUAUUUAUCCUUGUCCACUAGACAGGUUUCCAUAUAAUACAAAACCAUUCACGAAGAAAUCCGCCGCCAAAAUGACCAGUGACCUAAUUUAUUGUACGACUGUUCCUUUGCAUUUCAUUGGAGUUCACAAUUAAAAAAAAACUUGCAGCUCCGUA